AUGGAGUCUGAGGAGGAGCAGGAUUGUGACUGGUUCUGCGCUUUGCAGCCGGUGCUGGUGCGCGCGGCACCGCGGGAGAGCGCGGCCAGGCGUGGAGUGCUGGUCGCCGGACAAAGGAUCCAGGUGCGGCCAGGACAAGUACAGGAUUCCGAGGGCAAGUCCUGGAUCAGGCUCACACUGCAGGAGCUCUGGAGGUCCUGCCGCGCCACGUCCAGAAGUGCUCGGGGCUUCGUGGCCCUGGCCGACGCAGGAGGCUUCCCUCUUUUCCGCAGGCUCUCAGCAGGAGAGUGCCCACGGGACUCAGAGCAGCUGGUUGGCUUCCUGCGCUGGUGGCCGUUGGACCCACUGCCGCCCGUCCAGCCUGCCACGUUUGGUGGUGCAUGGCUCUGUCGCUGGCAAGCAUCUCCACAAGAGAGUAUCAAGGCCAAGUGGCUUGCUGCCGGAGAGCUUCAGCUGGUUGGUCCAGCAGAGACGAAGGCGGGUGAGGUGUGCCAGUGGCUUGAGGACGACAUCGGUUUUGGAGCGGACUUUUCGGUGCUCCUGAUCCAGGAUCUGCCGGGCCUCUGCCGCUGUGCACCCCUCACCUCGAACGCAGCGAUGCGCGGUGUCGCACAGCCAUUCUGUGCCAUAUCCCAACGGCGGCCUCGAUUGUGCUUGGCGAGAGAGGGUCCUCUGCGCGAGAUCCUAGGCUGGGCGCCUGAGGGUGCUCCGCCAGCGUGCUGCGCCUUCGAUGCAGAGAGUCAGGUCUCGGAGCACGUGCUCGCGAGUUUCGAGGCAUUGAGCCAGUUGAUGGAGGAGCUCUGUCUGCCAGACCACAUGGCUCCGGGUGUAGUCUUCACGGUCACGCCUGGAGAGCUCCCGCUUCCAGAGGUCAUUGCCCACGCUUUCGGAUUCAGUGCUGCCGAGAGGGAGACAUGCCGGCUGAAGCCUUGCACCACGCAUUCGUGCUUUGACUGGGCCGAGAAGGAUGCGGGCGUCCACGGCGAGAGCAACACGCUCAGCCAGAAGGCUGCCGUCGCUUCUGCUCGGCGCCGUGCUGAUGCAGGGGCCCUGCUUGCGGACUUCGGGACCCUGUGCAGCUUUGAAGUGGAGAUCGCCCGUGUCGGCUGUCCGGUCCUGUACUGCGCUCGCAACGAUGCCUUGCUGGGAAAACCGGUGCUCGGCAUUGCUGCAGUACGAUGCUAUCGUCAGCCAGACCCUGAGCCAGACGAGCCGCCGCCCUUGGCGCCUGGUCUGGCCAUCACGUUGCUGCAAGGCUUGUCAGGCGACUCAUCCCAGAUUUCGGCUAGUCGCAGCUGGACCGUGCGCGAGCUCAAAGAAGUCAUCAAGAAAGAGACUGGGAUCCCUGAACACCAGCAGAGGUUGGUCCUGGCCUCUUCGCAAGAUGCUGUUGAGGACCAUCACAUCCUCGGGGAUUUGUCACCUGAGGCCGGACUUUCGUUGCAAUUGCUUUGCUUGGAGCCACGCUGGGCAGCGGCCUGGCAGUGCGUGGGUGAGGAGCCAGAAGCAUGGGAAGACCUGGAAGAGGACCUUCAGCGCGAUCGAGACCUGAUAUUGCUGGCAGUCUCGCAGCGUCCCGCCUUGCUGCGAGGAAGCGGCUUCACAGGAGAUGCAGAAGUGGUUUUGGCGGCUGCAAGCAAGGACUCAUCUCUGUUGGAUGACGCUGACCAUCACCUCUGGCUUGACGACUUUUUUGCAGAAGCUGCCUCUGUCUAUGGCGCUGCAGCUUUGCGAAGCGCUGGGGCGGCCCAGCGCGCGCUGCGCGGCGAGGAGGUGAACAGCAGUGGACCAGAAUGGAAGCAGCUCGCAGCAAAGCACCGCGAGUUGGCGAAAGCAGCGCUGAGCCAGGAUGGCAGGGCACUGGAAGCCUUGGACGUGGAGCUCCGUGCAGAUGCCGAGUUGGUUCGCAUCGCCACUGAGAAUGAUGCCAGAGCGCUGCAGUUUGCAACUGAGGACUUGCGCGACGAUGCUGACUUGGUUCUCGCCGCCAUCCAGCGACGGGGGCAGGUCUUGCGCUGGGCCUCGGCGCGGCUGCGAGCGGACAGGGACAUCGUGCUGGCGGCCAUAGAGCAGGAUCCACGUGCCGUGCUGUUUGCUUCGGAGGAGUUGGCUCGGGACAAAGAGGUGUUGCUGGCGGCGAUGUCCAAAGACCCCUGCCUUGCCGUCCACCUGGCCAAUGUCGCCAGAGGGAUUGCCUGA